GCCACUGCGAGUAGCAGAAUGCUGGACUAGAUGGACUCUGGUCUGAUCCAGCAGGCUCGUUCUUAUGUUCUUAUGUUCUUACCAUAGGAGGGUUUUUGGGGAAAAGGAUGCUGUUGACUAUAGACACCACAAAUUUCAGUUACAGGCAGCUGAUUUGCCCCUUAGACAGAACAAUGACAGAAUUUAGGAGGUCCCAAAUUUCUUUUAAUAAUUCAGACAACUUUCCUUUGGUUCUAAGAGCCACCCCCAAAAUGUAGGAACCAGAUAUUUUUCCGACUUCAAGGAUUUAUAUUUUCAUGACCAUACAUUAUCGUUAUUGCUACCACAAAAUGGAUAUUGUUUUAGCUUCGCACUUAAAGCCUCUGGAGAAAACGGACAGGAUUGGAAAUAAAACAAAGGUAUUGUGGAACUUGUGUGCAAGAAAAGGAAGCCACAAGCAAGAGAGCAAAGUGGAGCUGCCUCAGGAGUCGCAGCAGUUUCCAGAGACGUCGUCAGAGUUCUAUAGAGAUUGGCGCAGAUACGUGAAAAGCAGCCAAGAACGGUACCAGUUUCUGCUUCAACUUGGGCCUCAGAGGCUGGGCAAGAUCUUCCAAGCAGACCUCGCUUUUGGUCUCCUGGGGGAAUUUCUAACGGUGCUCAGUGAAAAUGCCAGCGUCGAUGACCAGGACUCUGUUUUGCAGAUCUUGGAGAGUCUUUCAGGCACCAAACGCUUUGGAUUGAACAUAGAACUCCUGAGCACGCAAGAGAAGGAAAGUUGCAGGCAUCUGUUUGAGAAACUACGCGUGAUGGAAACAGGCCUGAUGGGUUCUCCCAAAUUUGUACAUGAAGAAAGCACCAAAGUUACCCAAACCAGCGGCCGGAGUGAUGGAUCAGCUGAAAGAAAAUGGAUGGAGCUGAGGCACCUUUACCAGGUCCCCUGAAUGAGUCUGAGCUUGUGGCAUCAAUCACCCACACAGGGAAGUUGUUUGCAGUGUGGGGAAUACCUGCCACAGACGUCCUCAUGAAAAUGAACGGGAGACGUGCCGUUGCUUGCAAGCCUCUUGUCCAUCUGCUGUUCAUUUCCACAAGGCUUGUGCUGAUCAGGGAGUUGGACUAGAUCGGCAUCAUAUGAUAAAACCAUAAAUUUUCAUUAAAAAUUCAUAAUAGUGUC